AGGAAGCGAAAAUCAGUUUCACGAUGGUGUUGGUGCGCGUUCACGCGGUGGACGUCCCGAAGAAACGUUGAUGGAGCAGAAAGAAAUCGUUUGAACGGCUGGAAGAUGACGGUCGCGAUGGAGCACAAGCGGAAGAGUUCGUGGGAUUCGAAGAUCUCGGUAAGCACGGUGAGCACCAGAAGAUUCAGCCGUGCCGGAACUCCGAGCUCGAUUCUGUCAUCGGACAGCGAUAUUCGAUUCACGAGGAAACUGGGGGGACAGUAUCGUUGCGGAUGCUGCGUGUUGGCCGCGUUUUUGCUCUUUCUCCUCUUUUCUGGGGUCUCCAUAUAUCUUGGCUACACGUUCCUAACAUCGGACCCCCCAGGUGAUCAAAUCUUCUUGGCGACAUUCCGAGUGAUCGGGGGAGACUCGUACGCCUCGGAUCUCGCGGACCCCUCUACCGAGGCUUUUCGAAUGCGAUCUCGAAAGUAUCGCGACCGACUUAAUUUAAUCUUCCGACGCAGCUGGCUGAAAGUCUCUUUCCUCGCGGUGGAGAUAUUGGCGUUGGACGGAUCCGAAGGUGAAGACUUGGUGGUGCAUUUCGACAUCAGAUUCGAUCCACGAUAUCAAACGAUCGCCACUCCCGAUAUCGUCGAGAUUCUUACCAGGGAGAUCAGUCGAGAAACCUCGAAAUAUUUAACCAAUCUGACGAUCGACCCUCCAAGUCUCGAAGUCCAAGAGAGCCUGACGGCUCUGAACGCUCAGGUGAGUCAGCAAACGACCGUUUCGACGCCACCGCCGACAACCACACCACCUCCACCGAGAAGAUGCGCCAACUUGGAUUUAUCCUACUGCAAACAUCUCCCGUACAACGUGACGUCCUAUCCAAAUAUAUUGGGACACCGUUCGUUGGCCGACGUGGAAGAGGACGUGAUCGCUUUCAGGGAGCUGGUCGAUGCGGAAUGUUACCGAUUGGCGUACGACUUCGUCUGCCAAGUUUUGCAACCGGCGUGCAUAUCGAAUCAGCCGGAAGACCUGCUGCAGUUGCCGUGCCGAAGCUUCUGCAGAGAAUUCUGGAACGGAUGUGGCAGUCGACUUCCGGACCGAAUUAAACGACUGUUGGACUGCUCCAACUUCCCCGAGUACACGGACCAAGGUGGCUGCAGAGCAAAGCCAGGAUGCGUGCAAGCCCUCCAGGCGAAGGCAUUGUCGCCGAGAAUUUGCGACGGCGUGAUCGACUGCCCUGACCUUUCGGACGAGAAAAAUUGCGCUUAUUGUCGCGACGGGUACAUGCACUGCGGUGUAGGCAGGACUUGCAUUCCGCGCGGAAACCGAUGCGAUGGAAAGGUGGACUGUACGAACGGCAGCGACGAGAAGGAUUGUCUGUCCCUCGCGCCGAGCAUUCGAUCCGUGAAAUCUCAACCCUCGGACACCCCAUACGCCGCAAAGUACAACAGCGAGGGGUUCGUGGUGUUCAACGAGAAGGGUACUAUCGGGAAACUUUGCACCGCGAAUCUGAACGCGACGCUGCCAGGAACGGAAAUGGAGACUGUUCUUCAGACUGCCGCCAGCUCUUUGUGCAAUCUCCUCACAUACACAGGAGUGAAAUCUGUCGAGGUACGAAUCGACGACGAAGAAGAUGUUCAGUACGUGCACAUGCAGGAUCCGUCAGCCAGCGAGAUCACGUUCGUCAGGGCGCCCUGUCCGAGCAAGGAAGUGAUGUACGUCGAAUGCUCCGAACUCGAAUGUGGAGUGCAGCCUUUACGAGGGAAAAGUGGCAGCCGAGGUUUGAAUAAAAUGGCCGAGCCAGCCGAUUGGCCCUGGCACGUUGCUCUUUUCAAAGAAGAGGUGCACGUAUGCGACGCAACGCUCGUUGCGGAAAAUUGGUUGAUCACAACGGCCACUUGCUUUCAGGGUCAACCAAAGGCGGAAUGGUCCGCGAGAAUGGGCACUGUACGACUCUCGAGUACGUCGCCGUGGCAACAGGAACGUAGAAUCGUCGGCAUGAUCAAGUCACCCGUCGAGGGAAGCACGACAGUUUUGUUGAAGCUGGAUCGCCCUUUGAGCACGUUUUCGGAUUUCGUGCGACCCGUUUGUCUGCCCUCGAGCCAAGAUCCACCCGUGAACGCGACUCACUGCAACACCCUCGGCUGGGCCAGAAAUCGAGACUUGCUACAGAGGGUACAGCUUAGGCACAGUGCGAUGGAAAGAUGCGAGAACAUUAGUAUCGUUUCGGUGAAUAGCGUUUGCACGGAGCCAGCUUAUUCUACCGACGACUGUAACGAAGAAGAGGUUGCCGGUAGUCCGAUGUUGUGUCUUCAAUCGGACGAUCGUAGAUGGGCGCUGACUGGUGUCGGUAGCUGGCGUAUAGCCUGUUCGAAAGCCGCUUUCGAACGGCCCCGAUUGUACGAUAAAAUGUCCUCGAAUAUCGCUUGGAUCAAAUCUACCAUCGAAUAA